UUUACGAUGACGUUUUCUCAGCUAUAAUCAUUACGACAGUUUCUCUGUGCUGCGCGCGAAUUCUCUUCUGUUGUUUACGGUAACUGAGGGCGAGUGCGUGUGGCUUGUGUUGGUUUUGUGGUAGUCACAACUGUAGCACGCGAGCGCACUGCGUUCAAGGCAGCAGCAAACAGAACAGAUUUUCUGCGAUACAAGACCUCUGUAGAUGCAUGUUGGAAUGUGUAUCUGAGUAUUUACCAGAAGACGCUGGACCAUAUGUUCAGAGAGUGGGAUUUUGAAUUCUGUGUCCAUCUCUAUUGACUAGAAUCCCUCUGACAGCUCAUUGAAGUGCCUGCUUUCGUCUGCUGCCAUGACAUCCACACCACCUCCUCUUAUGAAGAAGCACAGUCAGACUGAUCUUGUGAGUCGCCUCAAGUCCCGCAAGGUUCUGGGUGUCGGUGGGGAGGAUGAUGAUGGAGAGGUGCACAGAUCAAAGAUCAGUCAGAUGUUGGGUAAUGAGAUGAAGUUUGCGGUUCGUGAGCCCAUUGGUCUCCGGUUUUGGCUCCUCAUCUCUGCAGUGCUGUUUACAUCGACGUCCUUAAUGGCCCUGGCUUUCCCCAACCAGCUCUAUGAGAUAAUAUUUGAGCUCACUACCACCAGGAUCUCCAUCAGGCUCUUCGGCGGAGCCCUUCUGUGUAUCUCAUUAAUCCUGUGGAAUGGCUUGUACACAGCAGAAAAGGUCAUCAUUCAAUGGACGCUACUUACAGAAGCGUGUUACUUCGGGGUACAAUUUCUAGUGAUAUCCAUCACUCUCUUGGAGAUGGGCACAAUGUGCAACGGUGCAAUCAUUCUUCUUGUUAGUGAAGCCAUCUUCCUCUCCAUCACCUUGAGUUACUAUCAUCACCUUGGCCGGCGCUCCAAAAAGAUGUGAGGGAGGCCAGCUACCAUGUUGUUACCAAUCUGACAAAAUCUUGUGUUAUAUGGGUGGGUUUGAAUAGCACUGUUGCCUGGACCAAAUGAAUUUAUACUUGACUGAAAAUCAACCCCUGUUUGUGUGAAAUUUCCGUUUUAUGUAAGCACAGUAUCAGGGUUAUUAAUCUCAUUAGAUCCAGAGGGCCUUAGAUCUUGACUUUUGUUACAUUAAGUUAACUAGAGUGGCUAUAAUAAUCUGACAGUAUGUUUGUUAAAACUUUUCGGGGAGUAUUGUAUGGAGGGUUGAUGUAUGGCACAUACCGUGUGUGUGUGUGUGUGUGUGUGUGUGUCAGGGAAUUUAGUCUCCCAAAUGUUCACAUUGUUUUGGCAAGGUGACCUCAAUUCAGGUCAUAUUAUGUAAGAGUUUAAUGAAAUUAAUUUGUGUGGUGUGUUAUUCUAUGCUAUGAAUGCAUACAACAACACCACAGUACAACCUCCAAUAACGAAAGACAAAGGGUAAAAUAAGGAAUAGCAUACAUGCAAAAUUAAAAUAGGCCUACAUUAAAAUUUGAAUGUACUGAAGAACUUGAAUUGUUACAUUUACAUGUGGUUACUAACAUUUCUAAUUAAUUUACUUUUCAAAUUACCUCCAUAAAACUCCAAAGAUUUAAAAUUCCAAAGUGAUAAACAUUACAAAGAAAAGCCUUUGCAAAUAGAUUCCUUUUGAAUUAUGACUCCCAACAGUACAUUUUGUCAUAUGGUAAAAAAUAACAGAUGUAGUAUUAAAUUGUAAUUAAAGUUUGUAUAUUAGAAAUACCUUAUUAACUUUGCAGUUGUAUUUAUUACUGUAUUUGACGAAUCCUGCUAUUUGUGGCUUCAAACUAAGAAAUUCCACCCCUGGUAAUUCAGGCAUGAUUAGUUUGUUACUUUUUCUGCUUUACAUAUACAUAAUGACAUUAGACACAUAAAGACAUUUGCACAACAGGUACUAAAGUAAAUAGUGUCAUUUAUUAACUAAUUUAGCACAACUCUUUUAUUACAUAUUGAGAAAUUACAGAAAAUAUUUUUUUUCUCAUGUUCGGACUCGUAUGUUACUCAUGGUUUAAGUUUCACAAAUGUAUGGAAUAAAGGGACAGUUCACCCGAAAAUUGAAUUGCACUCUCUACUCUCAUUUUGUUCCAAAACGUAUGAUUAUCUAUCAUCUGUGGACUAAAAAAAAGGAGUAUUCAAGUCUGAAUUCAUAUGAUGGUUCCUGUGUGUCUCAUCAUUGACAACUAACUUCAGAGAAUUUACUUUUUGUUGUUUAACUCUUUUUAAAAACUAUCAUUAUGCACAACAAUAGUACAUUUUAGAAUUGCAUUUAGUAAGCUAUACUUUAUGCCUUUAGUGAUCCUUGCAUGAAGUCAACAAUGCAGAUCAGCAGUAGCUUUAAAAUGUAGCACUUUUAUAAAUAUAAAAUAUAUAAUCAGUGAUUAAAACUUGUGUUCAACUUCCACAUAAAGUGUUUAUUUAAAAAAAAAAUGUUAGCAUGUUGAAAUUAUAUUCUAUUUAUUCACCUCUUAUAGUCACUAUGUAGCCAUAAUAAUUGAGAAUGUUGCAGCUCUUUUAUCACACCACCAACGUCUGGGCCAACAUCGGCAAAAUUGAAUUGCGAUUAAUAAUAGUAUAAAUGAUUAUUCUAUAAUUAGAUAUAGCAGGUGUCAUUCCUAGUAUGCUUCCAUCAAUGAACUGUCGUUUGAGAUGAACAGUGAACAGUCACGUUACCCUUCCAUAAAUCUCAGAUGCUGCUUCUAGUAAAAUACAAAUGGCUUUGUUCCAAAGGGAAAUCAAAGGAUUAUAUAUAUAGGCUAUAUAAAAAGGCUAUAUAUAUGCUUUGGAGAUAGCAAGUUAGAUAGUAUUUUAGGUAUUUGUUAAGAGUUGGUUUGUUGCCCAUUUCAUAAUUUGAUAUUAACUGCAUUACUUCAGAACUAAACUGCUGUUUGUUUAUUUAUACUGUGCAUUUCUCUUUUAAUGAACUUUUUAGUAAUACUCUGUUAACUAGCAAGACAAUGGACCAUGAUUUGAUUGUCAAGUCAAAGCACAGUUAAUGAUUAUACAGUAGAUUUAGGUCACUUUUUGCUCUGUAAAUAUUUGAAUGAUUAAGGAAUGUGUAACACUUCUUAAACGUCUCCUAAAUGUGCAACUUUUUUGUAUUUUGUUUUUGUUAUGGACAAAGAUGAUUACUGUCAGUUUUACAAUCUUUGCUUAAGUUUCUUAUAUACAGGUUUGGUUUGACAGUACACUUUUUGUACAGUGAAUGUGCUUAAUUAAUAAAUCUGUAAAGUUUUUCAAAUGCAAAGUA